AUGAACUUUUUAAAAUUCCCUCUUAAAUUCUCCUUUAAAUUAUUUUCAAUUUUUCUUUUAUUUUUUAAUUUACCUUUAUUUAAUUUAAUAAGUAUAGACAACGAUAUAAUUGGGGAGCCUGAUAUAGAAUGUUUAGAUCAGGAAAUUAGAGUUUGGGUGAAAACUAGAAAAUAUUUUCAAGGCAAGAAUUAA